AUGUUGAUGGAGAAGAUCGAAGUCGGCGGUGAUAACUUGAACAAUAGCCCUGGCCAACAUCCCUAUGGGGUUACUGCCCAAUUUAAAGUGGCGGAUAAUUCUCCUGAUGGGGUUAUCCCGACUUCAACUCUGGAUAAAACUCUUCAAACCAAGAUGAGAGUUGUGAUAGAGAACCAGUCAAAUUGUACUAGUCGGGAUGUCCCCGGGUUUGGCAGUGGUAUCAGCCUUGGUAUCAGGACUGGAGCCCGUAGUAAUGGGUAUGGAGGCAUGGAAGCAGGGAGCAUUAGAUGGCUAGGACGUCUGCAGCAUCGUCAGUGCAGGAGAAGCUUGGUGUCGAUCUCAUGA